AUGUCCCACUGCUGGGCAAAGGCCUCCCUAUCUCGCUUCCACACCUCCCGAUCUUUCGACACCAGUCUCGACGAUAGGCGUCUAGAUCGUCAUGCCUUUUUUUCUGGAGCCUACCCCGUCUGCGCUUUCCAUCCACCACAGAGGAUAGCGCACACGCUCCGAAGGGGUCCUGGCCACAUUCCCAAGCAAGCCUUGGAUUGGAAUCCCCAAGGGGAAAGAAAGCGUGGCCGUCGACGACAAACCUGGCGUCGCACCGUACUGGCAGAAGCGACGGGCAUUGGUAUGACAUGGCGUGAGGUAAAGCGUGAAGCUCAAGACAGAUCGCGAUGGAGAACUUCAGUGGACGCUCUCUGCCCCGUCGAAGGGACACAGGGUAUUAAGUCAAAUCUCCUGAACAAUCUCCGCCAAUACAGCGGGGAUACUAUCUACCAGUCAGCUAACACGCCGCGGCAGAACCAGCAAUGUCUGCGCAUCUUCGACCUGUCCGAAUAUCGCCAGGUGUUAAGCGAUAUCGCCGUCUGGAUAUACCAGGGCCUAAUCCACCUCCUAGAACGCCAAUUAGAACGGCUAAUAAUCCCGGCUAUCCUGGAACACGAGGAGAUCAGUGGCCUCUCAGGGCCUACAGCCAGGCCUCCCCAGGCCGGGGCAGGCCCACAGAGGCUGAAGCAGGAACUAUCGGCCACACACGACCACCUUCACACCUUCGCUGUUGAUCAGCCAUUACGAUUGAUGAUAUUUAAACAGUUAUUCUACUACAUAUGCGCGUACAGUUUGAACCAGCUCCUCCUGCGUAAGGACCUGUGCUGCUGGGCCAAGGGUCUGCAGAUCAGGUACAACAUCUCCCAUCUAGAGACCUGGAUCAAGGAGCAUCUAGCCGAGUACGGCCAGAAGAGCGUUGAAGAAAUACUAGGCGUUUUGAAGCCCAUUACUCAAGCGGUACAGUUGCUUCAAGCGCGUAAAUCGAUGCAGGACGUCCAGAGCACUGUGGAUAUGUGCGCUAACUUAACCGCUAUGCAAGUCUGCAAGAUAUUGAACAUGUACACUCCCGCCGAGGAGUACGAAGUGAAAGUGACAAGAGAGUUCAUACACGAAAUACAGAAGAAAAUGCAGGAGAAGACAGGAGCCAACCCCGAUAAGGAUCCUCAAAAUCUUCUGAUGGACACGAAGAUGAUAUUCUCGGUACAAUUCCCCUUCAACCCCUCAUCAAUACGAUUGGAGGCGAUAGAGUUACCCGAAGUCCUAGAAUUGGAAGGUCUACUCACAAAAAUAUAAAAAGACCAAGUAGACCGGAGAAGACCGUUAAAUUAGGGUGAAUAAAUAAGCUUAUAGCUGUUUUAGAUUUUAUUUAUGAACGUUUAGAAUAUGGUCUACUGGUUAUAUUAUAGAAAUUUGAGUAGACCAUAGAAGACCAUUAUAGAAUUUAUGUAAAUCAACAAUGAUUGUUAUUUUAUAUUAAUUUGUGCAUAGCUGAAAACGUAAUAUAGUUAAAAGACCUAACGAGACCAUAGAAAUAAGAAGGUAAAUGUUCAAAUGAUAGAUUAGUUUUGUUAUAACAUUCCAUAGUUGUAGGUCUUUUCACAAAAAGACCGAGUAGACCGACAGACCAUAGAUGAAAUUAUGAAAUAGUUAUUAAUAAGAAAUAAGAAACACAAUAAUAGAAUGCAUAAUAAUGUAUUU